AUGAGCGGCUACUCACACUGCAACUCGCCCGAGCUGCCCUGGGUCGUACAAAAGUUCGGCGGCACGAGCGUCGGCAAGUUUCCGGGCAAGAUUGCAAAUGAUAUCGUCAGGGCAAGCCUGUCACAGAAUCGAGUCGUCGUCGUGUGUUCUGCGCGGAGCACGGGGAAGAAGGCCGAGGGCACCACGAGCCGGUUGAUCAACGUCUAUGCACAGCUCAAGGCCGUCGGCGCCGCCAUAAACGAAGAGGAUGAGCAGGUCGCCCGCAUUGACGCUGCCAAGGCCCUCAUUGACGACAUCUGCCGCGACCACGUCGCCGCCGCCGAGGCGCACGUCUCCGCGCCGGCGCUGCGCGGGAAGCUGGUCGCCCGCAUCCAGGCCGAGUGCCAGGAGCUGGUCGAGUACAUCAUCGCGACGAAGCGCUUCAACCUCGAGAUCAACGCGCGCUCCAAGGACCGGGUGAUAAGCUUUGGCGAGAAGCUGGCGUGUCUGUCCAUGACGGCCGUGUUGCAGGAUAGUGGCGUCGACGCCGAGUACGUAGACCUCGGCGACGUCCUGCACUGCGACGCCGCGGCCCCCCUCGACGCCGCCUUCUACGCCACCGCCGUCGACGCCUUCCGGCGGAAGCUCUCUGCGUGCGGCGCGCGCGUGCCCGUCGUCACCGGCUUCUUCGGCAACGUUCCCGGCAGCCUGAUCGACGGGGACAUUGGGCGCGGGUACACGGACCUGUGCGCGGCGCUGUGCGCGGUGGCGCUGGCCGCGGCGGAGCUGCAGAUCUGGAAGGAGGUGGACGGCAUCUUCACGGCGGACCCGUCCAAGGUGCCGACGGCGCGGCUGCUGACGAGCAUCACGCCGAGCGAGGCGGCGGAGCUGACGUUCUACGGCUCCGAGGUGAUCCACCACCUGACCAUGGACCAGGUGAUCCGCGCGGCGCCGCCGAUCCCGAUCCGCAUCAAGAACGUCAAGAACCCGCGCGGCACGGGCACGGUGGUCAUCCCGGACCCGAUCCUGUCGGCGUCGCACCAGCUGCACCGGUCGCGGUCGCUGGCGCACCUGUCCGCGGCGGCGGGCGCGGACGGGCUGCCAAAGCCGCCGAAGCGGCCGACGGCGGUGACGAUCAAGGACAGCAUCAGCGUCAUCAACGUGCACUCGAACAAGCGGUCCAUCUCGCACGGCUUCUUCGCGCGCGUCUUCUCGAUCCUCGACAAGCACGGCAUCUCGGUCGACCUCAUCUCCACGUCCGAGGUGCACGUCUCGCUGGCGAUCCACUCGGCGAGCACGCGCGUGGACGCGUUCGCGAGCGCGCGCCAGAGCCUCGAGGAGUGCGGCGACGUGAGCGUGCUGUCGGACAUGGCGAUCCUGAGCCUGGUGGGUGCGGACAUGAAGAACAUGGUGGGCGUGGCGGGUAAGAUGUUCUCGACGUUGGGCGAGCAUAGCAUCAACUUGGAGAUGAUCUCUCAGGGAGCCAGCGAAAUCAACAUUUCUUGCGUCAUUGACGCUCGCGAUGCCAGUCGGGCGAUGAAUGUGCUGCAUACGCAUCUCUUUACAUUUUUAGACUAG